AUGAGGAGGGAUUUCUUCUAUUACUGCAGUGAACCUGUCCUGGAUGUGAAAAUAGCCUUUUGUCAGGGUUUUGGUAAACAAUUGGAUGUGUCAUAUAUCGGCAAACACUACAACAUGUCUAAAAGCAAAGUGGACAACCAGUUCUACAGCGUGGAAGUAGGAGAUUCCACCUUCACAGUUCUCAAACGCUACCAGAAUCUAAAACCCAUCGGUUCUGGAGCUCAGGGAAUUGUCUGUGCCGGGUACGAUGCGGUCCUCGACAGGAACGUGGCCAUCAAGAAGCUCAGCAGACCCUUUCAGAACCAGACCCAUGCCAAGAGGGCAUACAGGGAACUGGUGCUCAUGAAAUGUGUCAAUCACAAAAACAUCAUCAGUUUAUUAAAUGUUUUCACACCACAGAAAUCAUUAGAAGACUUCCAGGAUGUGUACCUGUGUAUGGAGCUGAUGGAUGCCAACCUGUGCCAGGUGAUCCAGAUGGAGCUGGACCAUGAGAGAAUGUCUUACCUGCUCUACCAGAUGCUGUGUGGAAUCAAACACCUGCACUCCGCUGGCAUCAUUCACAGGGACCUGAAACCUAGCAAUAUAGUGGUGAAAUCUGAUUGUACGCUGAAAAUCCUGGACUUUGGCUUGGCUAGGACUGCAGGCACCAGCUUCAUGAUGACCCCGUACGUGGUGACGCGGUACUACAGAGCCCCAGAGGUCAUCCUGGGCAUGGGGUACAAAGAGAACGUGGAUAUAUGGUCGGUGGGGUGCAUUAUGGGAGAAAUGGUGCGUCACAAAAUUCUGUUCCCUGGCCGGGACUAUAUUGACCAAUGGAAUAAGGUGAUUGAGCAGCUGGGCACGCCUGCUCCAGAGUUUAUGAAGAAGCUGCAGCCCACCGUCCGUAACUAUGUAGAGAACAGGCCCAAAUACGCAGGCCUCACCUUCCCCAAGCUCUUCCCCGACUGCCUCUUCCCCGCAGACUCAGAGCACAACAAACUCAAAGCCAGCCAGGCCAGAGACCUGUUGUGUAAGAUGUUGAUUAUUGAUCCAGCCAAGCGGAUACAAGUGGACGAAGCCUUACAGCACCCCUACAUCAACGUUUGGUACGACCCAGCCGAGGUGGAGGCGGCCAGGGAUCUCGUCCAAAUAUCAAUGCCGCCUCCUGCUAUCUACGACAAGCAGCUGGAUGAGAGAGAACACUCCAUCGAUGAAUGGAAAGAACUAAUCUACAAAGAGGUGAUGAACUUUGAGGAGAGGACGAAGAACGGGGUGGUGAAGGGACAGCCCUCUACCUCAGGUGCAGCCGUGAACAGCAGUGGUGAGAGCCUCCCUUCCCCCUCCGUCAACGAUAUCUCCUCCAUGUCCACCGACCAGACCCUGGCCUCAGACACCGACAGCAGCCUGGAGACCUCUGCAGGACCCCUGGGUUGUUGCAGGUGA